AUGUUGCUGAAAAGCUUUUACCAUCUUUUUCAACUACCAAGUUUUUCGAGUGGUGCAAAUAAGGGGAUCGAUGCAAAUUGUCCUAUAGAUAUCCCACUGUCGUGUGGUAAUAAAACAAUCAUAAAUAACUCGUGCUGUUUUGAAUAUCCUGGUGGGAUAUUCUUACAAACCCAGUUCUGGAAUUAUUUUCCAAGCAAGAACGACUUAAAUGAAACUGAAUUAAUCAACGAACUAGGACCUUUGGAUUCAUUUACGAUUCAUGGUUUGUGGCCUGAUAAUUGCCAUGGCGGCUAUCAGCAAUUCUGUAAUAGAUCCUUACAAAUUGAUGAUGUUUACUAUCUGUUACGUGGCAAAGCAUUCAAUAAUAAUGAUACAUCUUUACAAAUUCCUGGUGAACAACUUUUAGAAUAUUUGGAUCUAUAUUGGAAAAGUAAUAAUGGCAAUCAUGAAUCUUUAUGGAUACACGAGUUCAACAAACAUGGUACAUGCAUUAGCACCAUUAGGCCAGAGUGCUAUGCUGAAUGGGAAACCGCUGACGUUGACAAAAAGAGAGCAGUCUAUGAUUACUUUAGAAUAACCUAUAAUCUAUUCAAAAAAUUGGACACUUUCGCCAUUCUGAAGAGGAACGGUAUUAUUCCCAGCGUGGACAAUUCUUAUUCUUUAGAGCAGAUAGAAACAGCGCUCAGUAAACAGUUUGAUGGAAAGCAAGUCUUUAUAGGCUGUGAUAGACAUAAUUCUUUGAACGAAAUAUGGUACUAUCACCACUUGAAGGGUUCGCUUUUGAGUGAAAUGUUUGUACCUAUGGAUGCACUCGCUGUUCGGACAAAUUGCAGAACCGAUGGUAUCAAAUUCUUCCCGAAAGGCUAUGUUCCACCUUCUAGGAGAAGGCCCAAUAAGGGGGAAAGAUACAGAGGUGUCAUUCGUUUAUCCAAUAUCAAUAAUGGCGAUCAAAUGCAAGGAUUUUUGAUUAAGAAUGGGCAUUGGAUGAGUCAAGGCACCCCUGCAAAUUAUGAGUUGAUUAAAUCACCUUAUGGAAAUUAUUACUUGAGAACUAAUCAAGGUUUUUGUGAUAUCAUUUCGUCUUCUUCGAAUGAAUUAGUGUGUAAAUUCAGAAAUGCUAAAGAUGCAGGUCAAUUCGAUUUUGAUUCAACAAAAGGGGGAGAUGGCUAUAUUGGCUAUUCUGGUAAAUUCGGUUGGGGCGGUAGCACUUAUCCAAGGAGAAGAAAUCAAAGCCCUAUUUCUUUAAACGACGAGGAGGGUUCUAUGAAAUACGAAUUCAGGUUAAAGUUCAUUAAGAAUUAG